CGAAAGGCUCCACAUUUGCACACCGCGAUGGAUGUCGUCCAGACCGGGCGAGAUAAGUUAAAAAAAAACUUUCAUUCUUUGUUACAUGUCGUCUUUUGACAGUUUUUGUCCUAGUCCCUCUUUGAUUUGUUUUAAGGUAACUUUUAAUGAUUCGACAUCCUGCCAGGGGAGUAUGGACCCAUAAAGGGGUAAUACAAGUGACUCGGUCAUUCCCAAUGCCUCCCACUAGUGGUCGGAAUGGUUUAGACCCACCUACAGUUUGGAGCGGUCCUAACUGACACAGGAGGCUCCAUAUUCACAUCGCAUGGGGGAUGUCGUCGCCAGGCCGGGCGAGAUAAGUACAAAAAAUACUUACAUUUUUAAUGUUAUAUGUUGUCUUGGGAGAGUUUUUGUCCUAGUCCCUGUUUGAUUUGUUUUAUGGUAGCUUUCGACACGCAGCCAGGAGCCCAUUACCAGGCAUUACUAACGACUCGAUAGCCCUCUGCCUCCCCCUAGUGGUUGGAAUGGUUUGACCCACCUACAGUUUGGAGCAGUCUUUAUUGAUUGCUGUGUCUUUUUAGAGUUUUAUAGUGAUUGACCCUUGUGGGGCUUCUUAUGUGGAGGUGUCCUUUAGUUUUUAUGAAUUUUCAGUAAAGGCUAUUUUUGUAUUAUACACCUCUCUGUGUGGAGUGAAUGUUCUCUUGCUUCUGACACCGGAUAAGACCAGGUUAAAAGCGGUGGCAGCAGCUCUGAGCUACGAUUAAUCAUUAACAACUACAAUUGAUUACAGUGGCAAACAAUGGAAAAACUCAGGUAAUGUUAAGUAUAGUAUUUAAGUGAAUGUACAACUCUGAUUUUCCCUAUCUAUAUCUUAAUUAAGGCGCAUAUCAUAAUGGCUGGAAGGGGACAUAUUCAAACUAUAAGAUUAGCAUAUUUAAAAUCCUCGCGGGACACUUCCUGUCGUCUGUAAGGCAGCGUGCAGGGUUUAAUACCACACUGUACUUCCUGUUUUGUAUUGCUCGAGGAUUUAAUUGGCUGGCUGCUCGUGUGUAGUGUUCACAGUGUAGGCGCCACCCCACCCAUUAAAACUACAAUCUGCCCGCUCUCUCUAAAGAUACUGUUUUCUUUACGACACGUUGUCUAACUUACUUUGUUUUCCAGCAGCGCUGCAUUCAAGGUAACAAUACUACACUCCUGUUUUGAAAAAUUACAAUGUACAUUGUUAUUGUGUCUUGUGAGACAUGCUGGUUGACUGCUUUGAAAGUAAAGUACAGUUAAUUACUUGCAGACACAAAGGACAUGUUGCCAGCAGACAGUCAGCUCUCUGAACUGUACUAUAUUUUUUGUAUUCUCACUACAGUGAUCUUCACAAUGGACAAAGGCUCUGUGCUGACUCACAUCCUGAAAUCAAAUGACAUGUCGACACUUCUUGGUGGAGAGCUGCCUGUCAGUGUCAUCAGCAACAAUAAGUACAUAUCCCCACUGACUGCUGAAGCUCAGGCGGCAGACAGAAAUGGGGAAGAGGACCCGCCCUCCCUUGAUUGUGCCAUCCAUACUGCUCUGUCUGGUGAAAUCAAAUCUGUGAUACUGGUCGGUCCUGAAGGUUCUGGCAAAACCACAGCUUUGGUGAAGCUUGUUAUGGGCUGGGCGAAAGGAGAGCACCUUCAAAAGUUCUCAUAUGUUUUCCAUUUCCGGUUCAGGGAGUUGAAUUCUCUUGAUGGAGCGCUCUCCUUGGAGACAUUACUGCUGCACCAUCACAGCCAUGCCCCCCCUGAGUCUGUGCCCCUACUUCUGCAGAAGCCUGAGGAUGUGCUGUUUGUUUUUGAUGAUCUGGAUCGGUACAAACACAGCCUGGAUCCCUCCGUCCACACCCUCUGCUCUGACCCCACCCAGGCAGCCUCGGUGCCCUGUUUAGUGGCCAGCUUGCUCCAUGGGUCGCUGAUGAAAGGAGCUACCUUUGUGGUGGCAACCAGGCCGACAAGUGGUCUGGAGUUUCUGAGUGGCACCCGUGUGGAGGUGCUGGGGUUUCUGAAGCCACAAAGAGAGGCCUACUUUAACGGGUUCUUCACAGACCCGGCUGUUGCCAAAAAAGCACUUACACACAUGGAAAGGACUUUAGGUUUCUAUGAUGUCUGUGCCUCACCCAAAUUUUGUUGGACAGUUUGCUCUGUUUACAAGUCUCUGAUGGAUGCUGGAGCAAAACUUCCUGAAACAUUAUCUCAGCUGUGUGUAGACAUCCUGGUCCACCUGAUUCAGACGCUCUCGCUGAACAACGCCAGCAGCAGAGAUCUAGUGUUGGCCCUCGGCAAGCUGGCGUCUCAUUGCUUUCUUGACCAGCAUUCGAGCUGCACCAAAGAGGAAAUGGAUUCCUUUGGUUUCCAGCAGUUUCUUAACUCAGUUGGUGUUUUCUUGCAUGUAGAAGGCGACCAAUCAGAUGUCUUCUCUUUCCGCUCCCAACUGAUGCAGGAGUUCCUCUUGGCUGCGUCUUUCUUUUUGGAUAAGUCACCAUCUGAGGGUGUGGAGAAGAUGUUGGAGAAGCACAAAGGCUGUGUCAAGUUUCUAGAUUUCUUCAUGUCAGGGCUCUCUGAGCCACUUCAGCGCCGACCCUUGGAGAACGUGCUGGGAGAGCUGAACUCGGAUCGGAUUGUGGAUUUCAAAAGCUGGUUUAAAAGCAGCUCAGAAAAGACACUGAAAGAGUGCUACAAAGAAAGGCAACACCGCUGCUUCCAUCUGCUUCAUCAAGCUCAAAGUGAGAGUUUGGUGAAAGAGAUCAUCACCCCCUCAGCACGAGUAGGCAUCAGCUACGGAGACCUGAGCCUCCAAGACUGUGUAGCUCUGAGUUAUGUUGUCACGUGCCUCGGUGAGAUGGAGCAGUUGAACCUGUACGGUACAAAAAAUCUGACGGAGGAGCAGGCAGAGAGGCUGAUUCCAGCUAUGAGCAUAUCGCAGAAGAUAAUCUUGUCAGGCAGCUCUGUCAGCACUGGAGCUGUCCAUCAUCUGGCUUCAGCUCUCAGCAGAGGACUCACCAAGGAGCUGGAUCUCUCUAACAGCCGCCUCGGGGAUGAAAAGUUCAAAAUUCUCUGCGCUGGACUCAGAGACUGCAAGCUGCACACACUGAAACUUUUAAUGUGCAGACUGACAGAGGGAAUCUGUGAAGAUCUGGCGCCUGUCCUGACCUCAGCCACCUCUCAGCUGUCUGUGUUAGAUAUGAGGUCUAAUCAGAUCGGAGACCAGGGCUUCACCACAAUGUGCAAAGCACUGCACAGUCCUCACUGCAAACUACAGGAGCUCAUGCUACAAAACUGCGAGUUGACUGCAGCAUCCAUGGAGACUUUAUCAGCAGCUGUAUGUUCUGGCCAAUCACAGUUGAGAAAGGUGGGCUUGACACAUAAUGUGAUUGGUGAUAGAGGAGUGGAGACUUUGUGCAAGUCCCUGCAACACCCACUCUGUAAACUGCAGAGCCUCAAUUUCUUUGACAGUGAGUUGACUGGUGCGUGCUGUCCUCAUUUGAUGGAGGCCUUGAUGUCAGAGCACUGCUCUCUGACAGAGCUGGAUCUGUCAGUGAAUGAUUUGGGCCAGGAGGGGGCGCUGCUGCUUUGCCAAGCCCUCAGUCGACCAGGAUGUCCAAUGGAAAAACUGGGCUUGAAACGAUGCAAGUUAACUGAGGCAGUCUUCAAGGAGCUGAGCUCUGUGCUGAGGAGUGGCACGUCUCAACUGAAGUCCCUAAUCGUUGGUAUAAAUGCAGUAGGAGACCAAGGGGUUAAACAUCUCUGGGAUGCUGUUGCACAUCCAAACUGCCUGUUGGAGGAGCUGGAUGUUGAGAUGACCGGUUUGACGGACGCCUGCGUUGAGGACAUGUGUGCUGCAAUAAGAGCCAGUAAAACUCUGAAGAGCCUGGAACUGAGGAACAACACUCUGACUGAUGUUUCCGUCCCAGCCCUCGUCGAAGUCAUGCAGGACAGCCCCAACAUGAAGGAGAUGAACCUGAAGUACAACGAAUUCUCUGAGGAAGUUUUCGACAUGUUGGACGAGUGUGAUACAAUACGAUACUAAAGUAGGCUGAUCAGUCCAUCGAUCUCACAUACAGUGCUGUGUGGAUCAAUCCAACUGCCCACACACAGAAAAAUAACUUUUUUGAUAAUCAGCUGUCAUUUAUCAAGCAGUUGCUCCCCCAGAAAGUUUUCAUAGGCGUGGUCAGAUAGUGCCACUGAAAAUCUUGGGGUGGCACUUAAAAAACAAGAAACAAAGCCAUAACUGAAUUUCAGGAAUCUGCUUAUGCUGUGGAAGUAUAUAGAGUUAAGGAAUCGCAUACCAAUCGCAUUCUUAAUUUACAGCUUUUAUUACUAAUUAUCUGAGCCCAGUUGUUUAAAAAAAUUCAGUCUGGAUCAGAACGAACCAGAUUCGGAAAUGUCCCGUGUGUUGCUGUCCAAGAUCAGCUAAUCCAUCUUACUUUUGUGCAGGUUUAACAAAGCAACAUUGGAAUGAAUCACCUUGAUCCAGAUACAAAAGUUUCAGCAUUACCAAAUUAGGAUAAUCAGUGUUCUAAAUGGGACUACAUAUUACAAUGUCAGCAGUCUGCCAAAAAACACACUGCAAUUACCACUUUUUGCUGUAGGUGCUGCCAAAGAGAACAAAACAACAGAGAUAUUUGGAUUAUAACUUUGAGGGGAUUUUGACAGUUAUUUGAUAACUGAAUGAAUUUAUUUCAUGGGGACAACAACCUUUUUUCCCCUUGUGUUUUACCUAAUGUCUACUUUAUCUACUUUACAUUAAAUCAAGUGGAAAAUAAAGUGGAAAAUAUAAGUAAUUGUGUGUAUAUAUUAGACCAAUUUAAAAGUUUUAUUUUGUUCCCUAAAUCCACCCUGAAUCCACCCUUCUUCUGAUUCAGUCAUACUAAAGUUUUGAACUGAAGCUUCGAUCCAGAUAAAAACCAAGACUGGAUUAUGUGAUCUGAUCCGAAUUGAGAACCCCAUUUUUUUUGUUUUUUAAUAACCCAUUUUCAGGAUUUGAUCCAAUCCGAUAGCCGGAAUCUGAUCAGAUUACUUCUGAACAACUGGGCCCAGAUGUGCAAAGAUGAAUAACGUUACAGUUAACAUUUUGAGUUCCAUUACAGUCCUGCUUUAAUGUGUUAUGUAUCUAUACAUGUAAGGCAAUUCAUUGUUCUUCAUAUAAUCUGCCUGUCCUUUUCUUUAUGACAACUAUACAACAAAUAUACAGCUUUAAUUUAAAAGGAGUAAAUUCAUUGUAAGGGACAAAUAUUUACUGGGAACAAGCUUUCUCAAGUUUAGGGAAGAUACACAUAGAACCCAUUUUCAUUCAGGUAUCUAGAGGUGAGGGUUCUAGGGACCCCUUAAGAAAUGGCGAUGCCAGUUAUUCCUUAGCCAAAAUUUGGCCUAAAUUGGGAGCAUUAUUUAGCCCCUUUCCUGACAACCUAUGUCGACAUGGUUGGUACGAUCACGCAAUCUUAAAAUAUGAGCACACCACAGCCUUUAAAAAACAGUAAUAUAGGCCUUUCCAUUAGUUUCAAGCUUUGGGGCACAUUCACUGAUUCAAGCUUCUCAAAUGUGAAAUUUUAUUUUGGUUUCCCUUCUCCUGUGUGAAAGUAAAUUAAGUAUCUUAAAGGUUUGGACUGUUGGUCUGACAAAACAAGAAAUGUGAUCAAUUCACCUGAAGAAAAUUGCACUUU